AUGGACCACCACCUUGUCAACCUCUCCGGCGCCGACCGCCGGACCUCUGAUCGGACAUGGGAAGAUAUACCCAAAGACUGUUUGCUCAAUAUCUUGGAGAGAGUCGGAACAGAGUCUUUACUAAUGUUCGUCCCUUUGGUCUGCAAAUCUUGGUACAGAGCAAGCCUCAGUUCUUCUUGCUGGAAACGCCUCUUUUUCCCGGCGGAGAUUGAAAAAGGUACUGUCAUUUAUCCUUGGAGCUUUCCCGUUUCUACUUCCGACGACGAUGAUCAGAGCACUAGUUUCGAUUACGUUAUCAGAAGAUAUGCAAAGGAGUUUGGGAUUGAAUGGAGUCGUUUCUAUGUUUCUAAGUUCAUCAAGUUUGCGGUUAAUCGUAGCCAAGGGGAGACCCAGUUUCUCAAGGUACCCGGAAUUUGCAGCCACUAUAUGAAUGCAAUGAGAGAGAUACUAGAACACAUUGGGAGGAAUUGUAGAGGUUUUGAGGGUUUGCAUAUGUCUCAUGCAUUGGUUGAUGUGGAUUUGGCUAAGGACAUUGUGAAAUAUGUGCCGCAGAUUAAGUACUUGUGCUUGAAGAAGGCCAAGAUUGACCGGAUUGAGCUUAUUGUGUUGAUCAAGGGGUGCAGGGAGCUUAAGGUUUUGGAUGUUAGGGACUGUCUGGGUUUUACUGAGGGUGAUAGGGUAAUAGCAGAGCUUGGUUCUCACAUUGGAGAGUUUAUGAUGGAGGGUUCGAGACAAUUCAGGAGACGAGAUUGGGUUGAGGUUGCUGGGGUUGUUCAGGUUGAUGAGGACUAA